AUGGGGUUUACGGUGAAGGAGUUGAAGUGGAAUCGUGCGCUACUCUCUUGCUUUGGUAUUCAGCAUGAAAAUCCGAUUGUAUUGUUUUGUGAUAGUCAGGCUGCACUUCACAUUGCUGCGAAUCCGGUCUUUCAUGAACGUACUAAGCACCUCGAGCGUGACUGUCAUUUCGUUCGCAAUGAGAUUGUGGCAGGAGUCUUGGCCACAGCUAAGGUGCAUACAUCAGAACAACUUGCGGAUGUACUUACAAAGGCCCUCAGUGUUUCACAGCUAAGUUGGGCAUUCUCGAUCUACAUGCGCCAACUUGAGGGAGAGUAUUGGGCCGUAUCAUGUAAAUAG